AUAAGAGUAUGCUAUAUAGUGUUAUUAUUACAUAUAAAACCACAGGUUUAAAACCUCUAUCCAUAACCCUAACUCCCGCUUAUUUCUCUCUCUCUCUCUAACUUCUUCGCCGGCGCCGCCAUGGACGGAGGCCACUGGAGGUGGCCACAACCACAACAGCGACCGCCAUACUACUCACAACAACAACCUCUAAACUCUAAUUAUCUCUACCAAAACCCUAACAGCUACUUUCAAAGCCCCGUCGCCUUCCAACCCCAGAACGCCCCCCACCACCAAUGGCAGCAGCCUCCUCCUCCGACUUUCCCUGCCGCCAAUUAUCAGUUUUCUGCUCCCGCGGUCCAGUUCCAUAGUGCUCCUCAGAAUCGGGAUAAUAUGAUUGAGAAGGUUGGUUACGCUGUUGAGAAGGCUCGCAAAGAUUUUAUUGCUGCUGGUAAAAGCGUAUCGUCGUGGCAGGUUGCUCAGGCUGCGAUUUCGGCUCUUAAGAUUGAUUCGUGGUUGUCUUUGGGGUUUAGGAUGCAGGAAGUUCCGUCGCUUAAUAAUAUUAUUCUCGUUGAAGGAAAGAUAAAUGCAUUUAUCCAUUGCUUUGUUGCUGUGCGGAGAAUUACUUCUGUGUAUGAAUUGGAACAAGCAAUCUGCCAGCUUGAAGGGGUUGCUAAGUUUGAUGAGUUGGGAUUGGGCCCUUUGGUUCGACACCCUCUUAUAGUUUAUUACUUCUCGCUUGAUCCAGAUACAACUGAAGUUUUUAAGAUAACAUCUAAAGAGUUGAUGUCAUUGCUUUUCCAAUAUCAAGUUAAGUUUACUAGUAAAGGUAUUCAGGCUGAUGAUUUUUUGAAUUUCAUUGCUGAGAAAAAAUCAGUUGCUACGAAGGAAGAGCUUGGCAUAAGAGUUGAAAGCUUGAGGUUGCAUACAUCUUAUAUCGUGAAGGCCAAGAGGUGGGAAAAUUCUGCACUAACCAAACUUCGAAAGCAUGUGAAGACCGAUUUUCCCAAAGAAAAUAGGCAACUCCUUCGAUCCUUGCAGAAAAAAGAACUAGAUGAACGUUUUAAUGCCAUUUCUGAUCGUGUUGAAUCGUUUUCUUCUGUACAUAAGGAUUUUCGUGGCAAGCACACUAAAUUCGUAUCAUCAAGCUCAGAGGAUGAAUUUAGUGAUGGUUGUGUUUAUGAAGAUGAUAGUGGCGAUGCUACUGACAUCUCAACACGUGUUAAAAGUUCAGACCGACCAAGUAGUUGUCCUUACCCGUCUGCAGCUGAGGAGAUAACACGGCUUGGGCUGAAAGGUGAAACUAAAGAGUACAUGGCUUCAGCUAAUACUGUCCACAAGCACUGUAACAGUAGUGGAGCAGUUAAAAAGAAAAGAAAAUUUGAAGAGCUAAGUUGCAACAACUCUGAACCUGCCAAAUUAAGAAAGAUAAAGAAGGUAGGACUGGAUGUUCUUGUAAAUAAUGGGAAGGGACCCAAAGAGAGUAGCGAUAUGGAUGAAGAUGAUUCUUCAGCCACUGAAAAUGACUUUUCAGUUACCGAUGAUUCUUUGAGGAUGUUCAUUGCUAUUUGGAAGGAUAGAUGUCGAGGUGUUAAUGUGGGUCAGGUUUUAAAGCGGAUGCUUCGGUUUUAUAAAGCGAAAGAUCGGAAGAAGAUGAUGUCUUUAUGUUCAUGUUAUCCAUUCAUUGGAUUAUUAAAUGUUGCUGUUUCAUCUAUCAAAUUAGGAAUGUGGGAUAGCAUUUAUGACACUGUGCAAGCCAUUAGCAAAUAUGAAACACUAAAGCCUCUUAUAAAUGAUAAUGUCGAGUAUGAGAGCAUAAGCGUUGAACCAAGAAACGAUGUACUAGUGACCAGUGAACAACAUGCACGGGGUGUUUCAGUUGAAGAUAUUAUCAAGAAAGUCACUGCUUAUGUCAAGCUUGAUCAUGAAACCCCUAGAAAUAAUGAUUCAAUUAUUGAGAAAAGGUAUAGCAUUUUGAUAAACCUUUCCAAAUGUGAGCGUUGGGUUACAGACCGAUUUUGUGUCAAGGAGUUUAGAUCCCUUGGUUAUGGGGAUUUUCUACUUUUUCUAGAAAAAUAUGCGUCUUUGCUACCACAAGAGCUGUGCAAGUUGAUAACGGGUGAUGUAAGUGAAAAAAGUCCUUUGGAGGUUCGGAUGAUGCACCAGCAAUUGGUUUUUUUACUGUCACAAGCUUCCAAUAAUUUGUGGGAGAAUGGAAACAUAACCAAGCAGGAUGUAUCUUCACUUCUUAUGAGGCAGUUCCCAUUUGUUAGUUUCAAAGUUGUAGCUAAUGGCUCUUUGGAAGAUUUUCUAAGCAUGGAAAUGAAAGAUAAAGGCUGUGUAAUUUCUAAAUCUGUCAUAUUUUCUGUCACAUUAUCUACAAGAAAUGUUAUAGAAUCAUCAGCCAAGAACAAAAAUGACUUAUUGAAGAGUAAUUCUACGAGAAAUUCUGAUGACCAAGAUGUAAUAACCUGCAACUCUGUAACGAACAAAGAUGCAAUCGAAGUCUUACUAAAGGCACCAAUGUUGUCGGAUCUAACAUUAUGGUCACAUUGGGACCUUUUAUUUGCUCCUUCACUUGGUCCUCUUGUGCCAUGGUUAUUGAAUGAAGUCAAAACGGAUGAAUUGUUGUGCCUGGUGACUGGAGAUGGGAAGGUGGUUCGAAUUGAUCCUUCAGCUACUGUUGAUUCAUUUUUGGAAGCAGCAAUUCAAGGAUCAUCUUUCCAAACAGCAGUCAAAUUCUUAUCUCUGUUCUCAAUCGUUGGAGGGGAAAAACAUGUUCCCUUUUCCCUCUUGAAAUGCCAUGCAAAACAUGCAUUUAAAGUAAUCUGGAAUAAUUCUUUAGAAAAUGUGGAGUCAAAUAGCUGUGGAAACUUCCUUUUUAGUGAAGGGAGAAUGGCUAGUGAAGCUAUGCCGACUAAUUCUGAUAGCAAGUUACAAAGUAACUUGACCAAAAUGAACGUAGCUGUAUCUGCUCUUUCAAGGUUUGUCCUUGAUUGCCUUCGUUAUCUACCCUCGGAGUUUCGUUCUUAUGCUGCUGAUGUAUUCCUUUUCGGGAUGCAACCUGUCACCAAAGAUGCUGCUUCAGCAAUUUUAUGUGAAUGCAAGCAAUUAGAACAACGUCUCAUGCUUCAUGAAGUAGGUUUAACUCUUGGCAUCAUGGAGUGGAUUAAUGAUUACCAUUCUCUUUCUUCCAAUGAGUCUACUGAUUUGUAUCGGUCUGGGGAUUCAGAAGUAUUUAAUAGAAAACCAGGUUCUGUACAUAAGCAAGAUGUCAUAAGCCAGUUUCCCACAUCUGAUGAAGGGAAUAAGGAUGAAUGUGUUACAAUUGGGGAAAACGAGAAAAGCAGAAAACAUACUAAAGUUGCUUUAAAAAAGAAAAGAAAACAUACUAAAGUUUCUGCUGUGGCCAAGGAUGCAGAAGUGUCUGGCUCACUACAAAUUUCUGAACUUAAUGAACAUGAAGAUGCAGCUCUUGUUAUUGAAUCUAUCAGAAAAGAUGAAUUUGGCCUGGAUUCAAGCCUUUCAAACGCGGACAAUGGCAUGUUAAAGAAGCAGCAUGCUCGCUUAGGAAGAGCGUUGCAUUGUCUUUCUCAGGAAUUAUAUUCUCAGGAUUCACAUUUUCUUCUUGAGCUGGUUCAGAAUGCUGAUGACAAUAUCUACCCAGAAAACGUGGAACCAACACUGACAUUUAUUCUUCAGGAUUCAGGUAUUAUUGUUUUAAACAAUGAGCGUGGUUUUUCUGCCCAGAAUAUUAGAGCAUUAUGUGAUGUUGGAAGUUCAACAAAGAAAGGAUCAAAUGCUGGAUAUAUAGGACAGAAGGGUAUUGGUUUUAAAUCAGUAUUUCGGAUUACGGAUGCUCCAGAGAUCCAUUCUAAUGGCUUUCAUGUCAAGUUUGAUAUAAGUGAGGGGCAGAUUGGUUUUGUUCUGCCAACAUCCAUACCUUCUCGUGAUCUUAACCUGAUUAGCAGGCUGGCAUCUAGUGGCAGUGAUCGAUUAGAUAUUAAAUGUUGUAGCACUUGCAUUGUGCUUCCUUUUAGGUCAAAGUUAUCUGAAGGAACUGUGGUGAAAAACAUUAUCACAAUGUUUUCUGAUCUUCAUCCGUCCUUGUUGCUUUUUCUUCACCGGCUCCAGUGUAUCAAGUUUAGAAACUUGCUUGAUGACUCACUGAUUGUCAUGAGGAAAGAAAUCAUGGGCCAUGGUAUUGUUAAUGUCUCACAUGGAAAUGAGAAAAUGACAUGGUUUGUUGUGUCACAAAUACUUCAGGCAGAUUUUAUUCGUUCUGAUGUUCAAAUGACUGAGAUUUCAGUAGCAUUUACACUGCAGGAAUCAAAUGAUGGCGGUUAUAGUCCACUUCUUAGCCAACAGCCUGUAUUUGCAUUUCUUCCUCUCAGAACAUACGGCCUGAAGUUUAUACUUCAGGGUGAUUUUGUUCUUCCUUCAUCUAGAGAGGAAGUAGAUGGAAAUAGUCCAUGGAACCAGUGGUUAUUGUCAGAGUUUCCAGGUUUGUUUGUUAAAGCUGAGAUAUCGUUUUGCAAUCUUCCAUGUUUUAAAGAUAGUCCAGGCAAAGCUAUAUCUGCUUUUAUGAGCUUUGUUCCUCUUAUUGGAGAGGUGCAUGGCUUCUUUUCCAGUCUUCCUCGUAUGAUUGUUUCGAGGUUGCGUGUGUCAAAAUGUUUACUUUUGGAAGGAGGUAGUGAAUGGGUUCCGCCAUGUAAGGUUUUAAGAGGCUGGAAUGAGGAAGCUCGUUCUAUUCUUCCCGCUGAUUUGCUUCAUGAACACCUUGGCCUUGGUUUUUUAGAUAAAAAUAUUAUUCUAUCAGAUCCCCUUGCUAGGACCCUAGGUGUUGAAGAGUACGGACCCAAAAUUCUAGUUCAAUUUAUGUCAUCCUUGUGUCGUAAAGAAAGUGUCCUAAAAUCAAUGGGCUUGAGCUGGUUAUCUUCUUAUCUAAUUGAACUCUAUACAAUGUCAGUCCAUUCUGGGCGAACUGUACUAGAUGCUGAAGUAGAAUCGGAUUGCAUAGAUAAUCUCCGAAAUAUUUCUUUUAUUCCACUUUCAAAUGGUACGUAUAGUGCUGUAUCUGAUGGUACAAUUUGGCUGCAUUUUGAUGGCUCAACCUCUGGUACUGAUGGUGAGUAUGGAAUUGAAUCUUUUCCAAAUCUAUAUGCAAGACUUCGAAUCGUAAAUCCAGCUCUCCUAACUGCAUCAUCUGUGGAUAGUUCUCGUACUGAUUUGACUGUAUCUGACAAACUUUCCAUGAUGCUUUAUAAAAUUGGUGUCCAACGACUGUCGGCACAUGAAAUCAUCAAGUUGCAUAUUCUUCCAGCAAUAUCCGAUGAAACUAUUAUGGAUAAGGACAAGAAUUUGAUGACAGAAUAUGUUUGUUUUGUAAUGUCCCACCUAAAUUUUGGUUGCCCUAAUUGCCUCGUCGAAAGGGAGUACAUAAUUUCACAGUUGCAAAAUUCAGCCUGUAUUUUGACAAAUUAUGGUUUUAAACAACCAUCCAAAGAGUCAAUUCAUUUUAGUGAAGAAUUUGGAAAUUCUGUCAAUGUUAAUAAGUUGAUUGAAGAUGUCAAUAUUACAUGGCAUGAGGUGGAUGUCUCCUAUUUGAAGCAUCCAAUAACCAAAACACUCCCUUCUGGACUAAUCAAGUGGAGGGAAUUUUUCCAGGGAAUCGGAGUCACGGAUUUUGUCAAAGUUCUUCAGGUUGAGAAGAGUGUUGCAGAUAUAUCUCCUGCUCUAUUCAAACAUUUCAUGUCAGAAGGAGAAUUAAUUUCCCAAGAAUCAAUUGUUAAUGAUUGGGAAUCUCAUGAGUUGGUGAACUUAUUAUCCUUGUUAUCAACUGGUAGUGGUAACAGAACAAAUUGUGAAUAUCUCUUGGUGGUUUUUGAUAAAUUAUGGGAUUCUUGCUUCAGCGACAAAGUGACGGGUUACUGCACUAACAAAUCUGGUCUAGAUAGUAAGGCUUUCAAGUCUACGUUUCUAAGCACCAUCACUGAUGCGCAAUGGGUUGUAUCAACCUUGGAUGAUAAACUUCACUAUCCAAAAGAUUUGUAUUAUGACUGCGAAGCAGUGCGCUCUGUUCUUGGCACAUGUGCUCCUUAUGCUUGCCCAAAGGUCAAGAGCGAGAAGUUGGUUUGCGACAUUGGGUUUAAGACCAAGGUUACACUUGAAGACGUUCUUGAAAUGUUAGAAGGAUGGAGGUCUAACUCCCCCUUCAUGGUCAGCAUAACACAAAUGUCCAAAUUGUAUAAUUUCAUUUGGCAUGAAGUAGCUGUUUCGAAGAAACUGGCAAAGAAAUUCUGCUCUGAGCCUUGCAUAUUUGUGCCAUACACAUCUAGUUCUAGACAUGAGGAUGUAGUAUCUGGUAUAUUUUUGUCUCCUGGUGACGUAUUUUGGAACGAUCCAACUGGAGCUAUGGAGCAAAUGAAAGAAAUGCUUCCUCAACACUCAUCCUCAAGCAGUGUGGCCUCUUCUCCUUUAAACAAAACGUUGUGCAAUAUCUAUCCUGGGCUUCAUGAGUUCUUUGUUAAUGUGUGUGGAGUGCAUGAGAAACCUCCUCUUCCUUCAUACGUUCAGAUUUUGCAGCAGUUAUCCAGUGUCGUGCUGCCACAUCAAGCUUCUAAAACAGUUUUUCAAGUUCUUGUAAAGUGGAGUGAAGGACUAAAUUCAGGAUUGACUACGAACGAAGUUGCUGACAUGAAAGAUUCUCUUAGCAAGGUGGAAUGUACAAUUCUUCCCACCUUACAAGAUAAGUGGGUGUCCCUACAUCAUUCUUUUGGCUUUGUGUGCUGGUGUGAUGAUAAGAAAUUAAAGAACCAUUUUAAGAAUUUGGACAAGAUUGUCUUUUUACACUUCGGUAAGCUGGGCAAGGAGGAUAAAGAAAUGAUGCAAACAAAAGUAUCUGUUCUCAUGAGAGCUUUAGGAAUUCCUGCUCUUUCGGAGGUUGUAAGUCGGGAAGCAAUAUGUCGUGGUGUAGCGGACUCCAGCUUUAAAGCUUCAUUGAUUAACUGGGCUCUUCCGUAUGCUCAGCGUUACUUAUCUGCUUUGCACACCGAUAAAUAUUCUCAACUUAAGCAGUCUGGUUAUGAUAAUCUAAACAAGCUACAAGUAGUAGUUGUUGAGCAACUAUUCUACAGGAAUGUUGUAAAGGGUUGUAGCAGUAAAUCGGAAAAGCGGGUUCAAUGUGACUGUCUUUUGCAGGGUGAUAUUUUGUAUGCAACUCCAGAAUCAGAUGCUCAUGCUUUAUUUAUGGAGCUUACUCGUUUAUUUUUCGGUGGAAAUCCUGAACUGCACAUGGCAAAUUUCCUUCACAUGAUCACAACCAUGGCAGAAUCAGGUUCCAGUGAGGAUCAAACAGAAUUUUUUAUUUUGAAUAGCCAAAAGAUCCCAAAGCUUCCCGAGGGAGAAUCUGUUUGGUCCCUUGUAUCUGAACCAACAUUGCCAGAGUGUGAUAAAAUAUGUGAUUCAGAAUUUGCUUCAAAGCUUAAAAGAAAAGCACCGAUAUCAUCAAAGUGGCCACCUUUGAAUUGGAACAAUGCACCUGGUUUCGACUAUGCUCGCGGUAGCGGUUUCAAGACACAGGCAUCAAUGGCACAGACCAGUUUUGACUCACAGAAGAUAAUGAUGGAUGAUUGUCAAAACAUUGACCAAACAUGUAAUGAAAUUCCGAUGUUAGCUGAGAACGGUUCGACCAAUGACGAUUAUUUGGCAGCAACAUCCACAGCUUUAAAUUUGCAAGAUCCCAACGGUUUAGAACAUUAUGGAAAUGUUAAUAAUCAACUGGGUUCUCAAUUCUCUAGGAGAGAUCAAAUAAGAAUUGGUGCACCCAAUGCUCAAGGAAUUUUGACAGGAAGGCUUGGCGAGCAACUUGCUUACAAUUACUUCGUUGAGAAAGUUGGUAAACAUGCUGUGAGAUGGGUUAAUGAACACAACGAAACCGGACUACCUUACGACCUGAUUGUCGGGGAAGAGUAUAUUGAAGUUAAGGCAACCAUAUCUCCUCGGAAAAACUGGCUCAAGAUAACCAUGAACGAGUGGAAGUUUGCGAUUGAUCAAGGCGAUUCUUUCAGUAUUGCACAUGUAGUUAUAUUGGAAAAUAACAUUCCAAAGGUUUCGGUGUUUAAGAAUCCAGUUAAACUGCUUUAUCAAGGGAAGCUCCACCUGGUUGUAGUGAUGGCUGAAAACCAAGAACUCUAAAUGGUUUCACUCGAAACGGGAAAGAGGUAUUUCGAUUUCUGUUUUCGCCUCUGAGCACCAACUGCUAAUUUUAAGUUUAUGUUGGCUCAGGUUAACUGUAGAGAGGAAAUGUAUAACAUUCUUGGAAUUAACCACUGGUGGAAGCUUUAAAAGGUAUGGCAGCUUUGUUUGUUUUCCAUGUAUUAAAUUUCAUUUCAAGGCUCUACUUUGAUUCCAUCUUCGGAUUAUUGGUUAUUCAAUUGGUGGUCGUUCCAUUCAUCUAGGGGAGCAUUUGACUCAUUUUCUUAUUGAGCGAAAAGUACGAAAUAAAUGAGAUUAAUCUUUCGAUAAAGAAAGAAAGUACUAUUCCAAUUCUUUUCCGAUACUUUCCAAGGAAAAUCCCGAAUUGGAUUCCAAAUUGACAGCAAAGUUUUGAAGAGUUGUAAUUUUAGAUAAUUUAUUGUCUUAGGCCAUGUGUAUAUCUUUGUUUACUAGUUUUUAUUAUUUGUUUUUUUUCUUACUUAGAUUCAUUUUAAUCAAGGCUAUAAACAAAUUUGCCAUGAAUUUGGCAUUCCUAGUGUCUUUUUUCCAAGUAGGCCUUUGUACAUUUUACUUACUGAGAUAUAUAGAAAAGUGUUAUAACUCAGAUGAAAUUACAGUACCAUUUAUUUGAGUUAGCAUUUUAAUUAUUAUUA